UGGCCGCGCUCGCGAUGGGCGGGGUGUGGACGGCGCCGCGAUGGCUGCCCGCGGGGGUCGGACCCGCGACGUCCCGGGCCCCGGUCGGAGUCCGGCCUCCUGACGCCGCCAGUGGGCGGGGCCGCCGCCGCCGCCGUCAUGUACCCGCCGCCGCCGCCGCCGGCGCCGCAUCGGGAUUUCGUCUCGGUGACGCUGAGCGCCGGCCGGACCUACGACGGCAGCAAGAGCCGGCGGCGGCGCUCGUGCUGGAGGAAGUGGAAGCAGCUGUCGAGGUUGCAGCGGAACGUGAUCCUCUUCCUGCUCACGUUCCUGAUGCUCUGCGGGCUCCUGUCCUACGCCAGCGUGGCUGACCAGUGGCGAGCGGGGAACGGCCGGUCCGCGGAGGAGUGGAAGAGGAGACCAGCGGACCCGCCCGUCUUGCCAGCUCCGCGGAAAGCAGAGGACCUCCCGGGCCUCUUACCGCAGAAGCCUCAAAGGCAUUUCCGACGGGGACCUCCCAACCUGCAGAUUCGAGCCCCCGGUAAAGGCUCCGAGGACAGGAGGCAGGACGACACCAAGUGGAGGGACGAGGCAGUGGGUGACGCGCGUCGGGAAGGAAACCCACGGAGAACGGUGGUCAGCUGGAGGGGAGCGGUGAUUGAGCCGCAGCCGGGCACCGAACUUCCUUCGAGGAAGGCGGAGGCGCCCCCCAGACCUUCCUCCCAGGCCCCCAGGAUUCAGAACCAGGCAGCCUCCCCGAACGAGCGCCAGAGGGCCGUGAUCGACGCCUUCCUCCACGCGUGGGCCGGGUACCGCAAGUUUGCCUGGGGCCACGACGAGCUGAAACCUGUGUCCAGGUCCUUCAGCGAGUGGUUUGGCCUGGGCCUGACGCUGAUUGACGCCCUGGACACCAUGUGGAUCUUGGGCCUGAAAAAAGAGUUUGAAGAGGCCAGGAAGUGGGUGUCUAAGAAGCUGCGGUUCCAGAAGGACGUGGACGUCAACCUGUUUGAGAGCACGAUCCGCAUCCUGGGGGGGCUCCUGAGCGCCUACCACCUGUCCGGGGACGACCUCUUCCUGAAGAAGGCUGAGGACUUUGGGAAUCGGCUCAUGCCUGCGUUCCAGACGCCCUCCAAGAUCCCGUACUCCGACGUGAACAUCGGCACCGGGGCCGCCCACCCGCCCCGCUGGACCUCGGACAGCACGGUGGCCGAGGUCACAAGCAUUCAGCUGGAGUUCCGGGAGCUCUCGCGCCUCACGGGCAAUAAGAAGUUUCAGGAGGCCGCGGAGGAGGUGACGCGGCGCGUGCACUCGCUGCCGGGGAAGAAGGACGGGCUGGUGCCCAUGUUCAUCGACACGCACAGCGGCCGCUUCACCCACCCGGGCGUGUUCACCUUGGGCGCCCGGGCCGACAGCUACUACGAGUACCUGCUCAAGCAGUGGGUCCAGGGCGGAAAGCAGGAGCCCCAGUUACUGGAAGACUACCUGGAAGCCAUCGAGGGGAUCCGAAGGCACCUGCUGCGCCGGUCUGAGCCCGGAAAGCUCGCCUUCGUGGGGGAGCUCGCCCACGGCCGGUUCAGUGCCAAGAUGGACCACCUGGUGUGCUUCCUGCCAGGGACGCUGGCUCUGGGCGCCCACCACGGCCUGCCCGCUGACCACAUGGAGCUGGCCCGGGCGCUCAUGGACACCUGCUACCAGAUGAACCGCCAGAUGGAGACCGGGCUGAGCCCCGAAAUCGUGCACUUUAACCUGUAUCCCCAGAACGACCGCAAGGACGUGCAGGUCAAGCCGGCCGACAGGCACAACCUGCUGCGGCCCGAGACGGUGGAGAGUCUGUUCUACCUGCACCGCCUCACGGGGGACCCCAAGUACCAGGACUGGGGCUGGGAGAUACUGCAGAGCUUCAACGCGUACACACGGGUCCCCUCGGGCGGCUACUCCUCCAUCAGCAACGUCCAGGAUCCCCUCAACCCCCAGCCCAGGGACAAGAUGGAGAGCUUCUUUCUGGGGGAGACGCUUAAGUACCUGUAUCUGCUCUUCUCGGACGACCCGAGCCUGCUCAGCUUGGACGCCUUCGUGUUCAACACCGAGGCCCACCCCUUGCCCAUCUGGGCCCCGCCGGACGGGGCGUGACUGCCCCUCGGCCAGUGUCUCAGACGUUGCACCUCCUUGCUGUGAUUCAGGGCUAUUCUGUCCACUGGAGGAGCCUCGUUCCUUCUUCCUGUGAAUUUUGAAUCAUGUUUACAUUCCGGAUACCCAGUCGUCUUCCUGUCAGCCAGUGCCCAGGCUUCAUGGUCCCAGGUCACUGGUCAUCUCCCCGGGGUGCGCUGGUUCCCCCGACAUCGUGGCAGUGACCAGAGCUGAAGGGACAGCCCAACAUGUGACUCAGCCAGUGGUCUCAGAGCUUGCGAUGUGCCCGGACCCAAGGGUCUGAGGGCAUCUGUGACCUCCUCCGAGUCCGGGCACCUGGCAGGCUGUGGCUUUUACUCGUUGGACUCAGGGAUCCUCCCCCGGCCCUGAAGGGGCGGGAGGGGCGGGUGGGCGAGUGCGUCCUGCUCCCGGACCACCUGGUAGAAUGGACUUUCCGGGCAGCAUAAAAGCUUUUUGUUUCCCA